AUGCACGUUGCCGCUGCUAGUUAGUAGCACUGUUGACUUCUAGCUCCAUAUAUAUACGGCCUAUAUAAGUUCGCCUGCUCCCCUCGUCCACGCUGGUCCUGAGCAAGUCCCCUAGAUCCUCGUCCUUCCCCCAAGCAACUUGUUCUUGAUUCUUCUUCUCUCUGGCACCGCUGUCUUGUUCUUUUUACAGUUACAACCACCUGCAGAUUUGCUGGCCUCCUCCCACAGCCUCGACCGGGAACAGCAGCUCGACAAAAACAACCCACAAAGGCAACCACAAGAAAAGAAUAUCCCCUACAAAAAGACAACACAACAAUGUCGGCUCAGGCAUCAUCCUCGGUCCCCGAGCGGAGGCUCUCGGGCUUCCUCCAGCUCGCCCCGACCCAGUCGCACUCGAGCCCCUCGCCGCCGACCGCCGAGGCAGGGCUCUCGAGCUUCCUCCAGCUUGUCCCGGCCCAGUCUACCCCGUACUCGCCGUCGGCGGCGGCCACUGAGCGCCGGCUCUCGAGCUUCCUCUCGCUCGCCCCCACCCGGUCGGCUUCGUACCCGCAGGCCCAGAGGUCCCUCCAGCAGGCCAGGACGGCGGCGGCGGCCCCGACGGCGCUCGAGGCCGAGAUGUCCAGGCAGCGCCGGAGCUCGAGCCUGAGCAGCGUCGGCUCCAGCGUCGGCGGCCUCCGCUUCCUCAAGCUGGGGCCCGUCCACUGGGGCGAGCACCAGGAGGACCACCAGGGAGACUUUGCCGUCGAGUAAAGUUGGGUGGUGCUACGCAAGAACAACAUUGUUUUCUUCCUUUCUUCUUGUCGUUUUUUUCACAAGUCGAUACCAUGAUGGAGCAACAAAAAAACACAGCGUGAAGCACAGAUUGUAAGCGAAUUUCGCGACAGCGGGCCACUUGUUUUCCCCUUAGGAAGUAUUUGCUUUUUAUUCUCGGCACUUGCCAUGAAAGGGGUGAAGGAUGACAGAGUCUUUGCAAGGGCGUCUUGGUUUCUCUUCUUUUCUUUUCCGUCCUCUUUUUUUCGAAAAUGACGAUCUUCGAGUCCAUAACGAAACUGGACCUACAAUGGGUUGGGAACACCAGCGCAGCAAACGAAAUACAUGUUUCCUGCCAACACAGCAUGUCUCCCUCCCUCCCUCUCUCUCUUUGUUUCUCUCUGGCUCCCCCGUUCUAACUGCAUGGGCUGUGAUUUCCCCCACGCUGCAAUACGAACUGGGGCGCCACUUGAUCCACCCCACCUUUUGCGACUUUGAGGAAAGCAUGCUGCAAUGCACACCGCUAAUGCGAGACAAACACUGAAA